AAUGAGCUCAGUUUGGUGCUUAUUACCAACGUAGACAUGAUACUUAAACCGCGAAUGUGUUUUGCAUUAUUUUAUCAUCGAAAGUUACUGAAUAAUCGGCCUGUUAGAGCGCUGCGAUGUUUGUAUUCAAAAAAUUUCGGCGAAUCGAGGCAACAGUGGGACAAUAAAUCAUUUGGCACAGCUUCACAUUUAAGAUCAGCGGGGAAAUCAGUUUUGCAUCGACCUACAAUCGAUGAGAAUAACGUCUUCAGGAGUCGCUAUGAAGACGUGGAAAUACCCUCUGAUUAUAUUCAUCAACAUGUGUGGAAGGAUGCGCAUAAAUGGUGGAAUGAAAUCGCACUUGUAUGUGCGCAGACUGGGCGAAUGUACACAUACAAACAGCUCCGGAAAUCAUGCGGAAAGUUCGCAACAUCCCUACGGAGGAGCAAAUUGCUGCCAGGCACAACUCUAGCAGUCGUCCUCCCAAACAUUCCUGAAUACGCUAUAGUCGUUCUAGGCGCCAGUGAAGCUGGAGUUCGGUUAACGUUGAUGAAUCCUGCCUUCACAGCAUACGAAUUGAGCCGACAGCUUGAAAAUUCAGAUGCCACAGCGGUUAUCACGAAUACCGCGAAUUAUGCUACUGUUAUGGAAGCGAUUAAGAUGGGCAACAUCUCGAUUCAGUCACCAGUGAUUGUUGCCACUCAUGAGAGAGACGUACCCUCUGGUGCCGUCGACUUCCGAGAUCUCGUUUCUGACGAUGUCGAGGAAUUCGAAAAGACUCAGGAGAGAAUGACUAUUGAUGCUAAAAAUGAUACUGUGAUUCUGCCGUAUUCGAGCGGAACCACGGGACUGCCUAAGGGAGUUGAACUUACUCACAGACAUCUAGUGGCUAAUUUGAACCAAAUGAAACACCCGGAAUGCGCCAUCCUGGAGCCGACGAUCAAUGGAUUUCAGGACAUUGUCCCCGCAUUCCUUCCUCUGUACCAUAUUUAUGGUCUAACUGUUUGUUUGUUAGGUUCUUUAAGUUAUGGCGCAAAGAUCAUUUGCAUGUCCAAAUUUACAUCGGACACUCUGCUGAGUGUAUUGGAAAAAUAUCGAGCGACGAUAUUCCUCGGCGUGCCCCCGGUGAUUCAAUUGAUGAUCAACGACGAUAGAUUCAAUGAGAAACAUCUGGCUAGAUUGAAAAUCUUGGGUUCAGGAGCGGCACCCCUCACUCACGAGUUAAUCACAAAGUUCCGAGCGAAAAUGGGAUCGAGUUUUAGGUUCUCUCAGGGCUACGGAUUGACAGAGACCUCACCAAUGAUAACAUUGGGGAAAAACGCAUCGACGGAAUCAGUUGGUUUAUUGAUUCCCAAUACACAAGUGAGGAUCGUUCAUCAGGAGGAUGAUCCCGGGAGAAAUCUCGGGGUUGGGGAGAUCGGAGAAAUUCUCGUGCGAGGACCGCAAGUGAUGAAGGGAUAUUACAAGAAUGUUAAGGCUACGGAGGAGUGCAUGGAUAAAGAGUGGUUCAGAACUGGGGAUCUGGGAUACAUCGAUGAGAUAGGACAAUUAUUCAUCACCGGACGUAUAAAGGAACUCAUCAAGGUACAGGGGUCUCAAGUAUCCCCCGCAGAACUCGAGAAUAUCCUCUACGGCCACGAGAAUAUCGCAGACGCUGCUGUAGUCGGUGUCCCGCACCCCAGAUUCGGCGAAGUGCCAAAGGCAUUUGUUGUAAUCAAAGCGGGUGCAAAACUCACAGAGGACGAGAUCAAAGACUUCGUUGCCAAACGCGUUGUCAAGUACAAACGACUUGCUCAUGUUGUUUUUACUGACAAAAUAAUAAAAAGUGCUGCUGGAAAAAUACUCAGGAAGGAACUCCAGAAGUUGUGAAGCUCAGUGAGUUCUAAUUAAUUUAAAUUUUUUCAUUCGUGCAUUACUUCCUCAAAUAGCAAUACCACAAAAUGACUUUCAUUUUACAACUAAAUAGACUUGUGUUCAUAAUAAACCCCUGAAACUCAUGGGCUGGAGGAAUCACACCGUAAAAUGUUCCCUAAAAUAAUUACGAAAAUAAAUUUUUCAAAUGACAUUGUUGACACGAG